AUGUUAUGCACGAUCUUUCAAUUACUUCAAGUAACUGAAAAGGUCCAACUCCUAAAUAUUGAUGUUUUUCUAAAGACAUGUGAGCAUGACAAAUUCGCAAAACGAUCUCAAUUGCGGUAUCUCCAAAUAGAUUAUGCUACACUUCUUGUUGGGGAUUUCAAGCAUCGCUUGUUAAACUUAAGAUGGCUUCGUUGGCAAUAUUCCCCUCUGCAUUUUGAAGCAACCAAUUUUCAUAUGAAGAAACUAGUCAUACUUGAUCUAAGCCGUAGUAGGAUCCCAGAGAACUGGAAGGGUUGGAGUCAAAUUAAGAUGGCAAGUAACUUAAAAGUGCUUGACAUUUCAUACACUGAAAUACGAGAGCUACCUGAUGAAAUUAGGAUGUUAAAGAAGCUGAAAAUUAUAGAUGCACGUCGUUCUCAUUUGAGAGGAAUUCGAAGCCUACCAACAAGCAUUCAUACCCUUGACUUAGGAGAAUGCAUUUAUCUCGAAGCACUGCCAGAGCUUCCCUCAAGUUUACAAGUUCUGCGUGUAGAUUUGUGGAGUUUUCAUGGUACCCCUAAUCUUGCAAAUCUAGUUAAUCUGCAAGUCCUGCGGUGUUUUCUGAAUCCUGACAACAUGAAUCAGAUAAUUUUAAGGGAUAUUGUUAAAUUAUCCAAAUUGCAGAGGUUGGAGUUUGGAAGUAGCAACAUUAUGAUCCAGGUUGAUGCCCUUUCUCAGCAAGACCUACCAAAAAAGAUUGAUGCCCUUUCUCAGCUCAAAUUCCUCAAUCUGGUUAGAUUAUAUAUUGCUGGUGGUCUGUCAUUGGAAAUACUACCAGAUCUGUCAAAUCUGAAGCUCUUGUCGGAAUUGCGGCUUUCUGGGUGCAAUAAGCUGACAAAGAUUCAAGGGCUUGGGAAACUACAAUCAUUGACGAGUUUGAGUAUAGAAAAAUGCAUUAAACUGACAGAGAUUGAAGGACUUGGAAAUCUAGAAUUGCUAGAAAGUUUGACAAUAUGUGAGUGCAAUAAGCUGAUAGGGAUUCAAGGACUUGGAAAUCUAGUAUCACUGGCAAGUUUUUGUAUGCGUCAGUGCUUUAAAAUAGUUGAACUUUAUCUGCUCGAAUAUUCGGCACCUCUAGCAUCCUCAGAGAUGAGUGGGUACAAACACCCUGAAAAUAAACCAGAUCGGUCCAGCUUAAGCAAGUUAAAAAGAUUUGAAGUUGUUGAUUGCCGGAAUCUCAAUAAGAUCGAAGGACUACAUAUAUUGGUAUCAUUGAAAUACUUGAAUUUGUCGUUUUGCUCAUCCAUGGUAAGAAUGCCGAAUCUAUCGAACUUGAAAAUGUUGAGACACUUGCUGCUCUGUGGAUGCAUGAGCUUGCGUGAGAUUGAGGGCCUUGAGGCUUUGGAAGCCUCCUUGAAGGAACUGGACAUCAGGGGGUGCUCAUCGCUGGAAAAAGUACCGCAUCUGCCAAACACGCAUAUUCAGAAUAAACAGUUUGAUUGUGGCUUACCUGGUGACAAACUGGACAUCAGAUUGCGGCUUCCCUUUCGUACAGAUGACAAUAACUCUGCAAUUUCUGCUUCUGAAAAGCCCAAAGAUUUGAAAUACUCCAACUUCGGGUUAAAGGUUUUUUGA